GUUCCGGUGACAUCUAAAAUGCUGUCCCCAUCACAACACAUGUAACUACUUGAAAUGUAUAUUUGAUCUAUUAUUCAUAUACAAUAUAUUAUUUAUAUUAUCUGUACGCAUACUUUACGUAUCCUUCUUGUAGAGUCUUGCUAGAAGUGUCCACCGGACGCCCACUUGACAGCAGGUGCAACUGUCAAACCAAGUUAUUCAAGCGCAAUCAGAAUUAAACUAAUGAAUUAAACUAUUUAAUUCAUAAAGGCAGUAAAGUAGGUAGUAAAUGACGGAGGCGGCGUUUCUUGCGCCUCGGCGCCGCGCGACGGUGUACGAGGCGUACGAGGCGCCUUUCCCGGUGCCGCGCAGCGACGCGGAGGCGAUGCGUUGCCGAGAGAGCGUUUACCGCGCCGACCUGGUGAACCAGCAGGUCCUGGUUCGAGACCCCGCUCACAUCGAGCUGCUGUACGGACAGGGUUAUUUCGGGAAGGGGAUUCUGUCCAGAGCCCGGCCAGACUACAGCCUCUCUGACCGAUGGCAGGAAUUUGAAGGCCGACAGAUUCCUGUCAUCAGCAAAGCCAGGUAUGAGCAGCUGUUAUCAUGGAGGCGGGACUAUCUGCUGUCCAAGGGAAUGGAUGAGGAAGCAGUCAAUCAAAUACUUGUUAGGCUGUCUGAGCCAAUCGAGCCGGCCGCAGAAAGUGAGGAGGCGGGGCUAGCACAGACUGAAGACUCGUCCCAAAAGAAGAGGAAGAGAUCAUCUUCGACAGAUGAACAGAGGAGGAUAGGCAACACAGGCAACCAAGAUAGGCAACACACUGACCCCGCCCCCAGGACUGGCUCCUCUCCCGUGGAUGACUCCUCCCCCAUGGCUGACUCCUCCCCCAUGGCUGACUCCUCCCCCGUGGCUGACUCCUCCCCCGUGGCUGACUCUGUGUUGGACUCCGCCCCGGGGACUGACUCCGCCCCUGAGUAUGUCCUUGUGGAGGGGGACAGUGAUGAGGAGGAGGGGGGGUCAGAGGUCAACCAGGGGGGGGUGAGACGGCUGCCCUUCAGCACCACUGAGGUUCUACAGCUCACUCUGGAGGAGGCAUUCUUCCUGGUCUACGCUCUGGGCUGCCUUUCAGUCCACCACAACCAGAAGCCGCUGUCCAUCAGUGAACUGUGGGGGAGGUUCCGGGGUGUUCAGCCCGGCUUUGAGAGCUCCUACGCGGCCUACCACUACUACCGCAGCCGGGCCUGGGUCCCCAAGCCCGGGGCCAAAUACGGGGCGCACUUCAUGCUCUACAGAAAAGGACCCCCCUUCUACCAUGCCAGUUAUUCGGUGGUGGUGGAGCAGGUGAGGUCCUCAGGUGCGUCCUUGCGUCCGUUCACCUGGCGCUCUCUCGCGGCGCUCAGCAGGAUCACCGCCAACGUCUCCAAGGAGCUCAUGAUGUGUUACAUCAUCUAUCCAGCCGACCUAUCAGAGGCAGAGCUGACCUCUCCCCUCAGCCUGCACAGACUCACAGUCCAGGAAGUGGUCAUAAAGAGAUGGAUUUCCUCGCGGGAGCGAGCUGAGCUAGAUGACAUUUGAUUGGCUUUUCAGAGACAUUUGUCAUCAUUAUAAUGUUUAGCAUGGCAUUAUGAUGCUAACCCUUGCAAAAAAAAAAAAGUUUGCAUUAUAGUAGCAUUAUGAUGAUAACCAUUUUGCUGUUGCUCACUUCCAGGUGUCUUGGUAGUUCUGUUUUGU